CAGGCACACAUAAACCAACACAUAUAUAAAACCUCCCAUCUUUCCUCCUUCAAAACCCACUCACUCGUUACUCGUCGAAUCAACUCGACUCAGAACUCAGAACCCUAAUCAUCACCGCCAUGGAUCCUCUCGAACCAUUGAUCGCACAAAUCCAAGGUCUAUCAAGCUCCUCCGCCGACAUCGCUCGUCUUCAUACCAUCUUGAAACACUCCGAUGAAACUCUCCGUUCCGAUUCAUCUCGUCUCUAUCCAAUUCUUCAACUCAUUGAUCCUUCCAUUCAUUCUCUCGGUUUUCUCUAUCUUCUAGAUGCAUUCUCAGCUGCUUCAGUUUCAAAUCAGCAGCAAGCUGAAGAGGCAGUUCCGAUCAUAGCAAGAUUCAUCAAUGCUUGCAGUGUGGAGCAGAUUCGGUUGGCGCCAGAAAAAUUUGUAUCUGUUUGCAAGAGGUUGAAGGACCUAGUAACGCUGCUGGAAGCUCCUAUACGUGGGGUGGCUCCAAUGUUCACUGCUCUUCGGAAACUUCAAGUCUCCGCUGAGCAUUUGACUCCUCUGCAUGCAGAGUUUCUUAUGCUUUGCUUGUUGGCAAAAUGCUACAAAACUGGUCUAUCCAUAUUGGAUGAUGAUGUUUUUGAAGUAGACCAUCCGCGAGACCUUUAUCUGUACUGUUAUUACGGAGGUAUGAUAUGCAUCGGGCAGAAGCGCUUUCAGAAAGCAUUGGACCUUCUUCAUAAUGUUGUAACUGCUCCCAUGACUAUGAUGAAUGCUAUAGUUAUUGAAGCUUACAAAAAAUAUAUAUUGGUUUCUCUUAUUCGUCAUGGACAGUUCUCUACCAGUCUUCCCAAGUAUGCUUCUCCACUCGCUCAAAGAAAUCUGAAACUCUUUUGUCAGAACCCUUGUAUUGAAUUGGCACAGACUUAUAACAAUGGAAAAGUUGCAGAAGUAGAGGCCUUUGUCAAUGCAAAUGCAGGCAGGUUUGAAGCGGAUAACAACCUUGGACUGGCUAAGCAGGUUGUAUCAUCCAUGUAUAAGAGGAAUAUUCAGAGAUUGACACAGACAUACUUGACCCUUUCUCUCGAAGACAUAGCUAACACUGUUCAUUUAAAUAGUGCCAAGGAAGCUGAAAUGCAUGUGCUACAAAUGAUUCAGGAUGGUGAGAUAUAUGCAACAAUCAACCAGAAGGAUGGAAUGGUGAGAUUCUUGGAGGAUCCUGAGCAAUACAAAACCUGCGAAAUGAUUGAGCAUAUCGAUUCAUCAAUCCAGAGAAUAAUGGCACUGUCAAAGAAACUUACUGCGACGGAUGAACAAAUUUCAUGUGAUCAGUUGUACUUGUCCAAGGUUGGAAGAGAGAGACAGAGAUAUGAUUUUGAUGACUAUGAUGUUCCAACAAGAUUCAACAUUUAAGAUUAGGGUACCUGUUCAUAGUGCUGUGAAUGAUUGAAGUAGAUCUGUUUCAUUGACCUUUUCCCUUUACUCUUGGUUACCUUGGAUCUGUUAGUUGGGGAGUAUUUUUAUUUUGCUCCCAAAUGAGAUAAACUUGGUGGAUGUUAAAUUGUCUUAUCAACUACUUAAAAACUUCGAUUCAUUUUUGCACAUUCAUGUAUGCUCUGUUGGCUUAGCAUGUUGCAGUAGUAUGAGAUUUAUCUAUUAAUUUAGUAUGAUAUAUUGUUUGUAUCAUGA